AUGGGCUCCGCAGACGAAGAUCUGCGAUUGGAUAAUAUGGAGGUGAGGGAUGAGUGGCAGGAUGAAGACUUCCCCAGGCCACUACCAGAGGAGGGCAGCAUGGAGCCAGCAUGUGGCCUCACAGAGGGAAGGACAUCUCCCCCAAACUCUCUGCAUGUGGGUGGGUCUGGGGGAUGCUCCGCCCACCGUAAGAGACGGACCUUGGUGGCCCCGGACAUGAACUUGUCCCUGGAUCAGAGUGAGGGGUCGCUGCUGUCGGAUGACCUCCUGGACACCCCCGACGACUUGGACAUUAACGUCGACGACAUCGAGACGCCGGACGACACGGAUUCGCUCGAGUUCAUCUCCAACGGCAACGACCUGGAGUGGGAGGAUGACACACCGGUUGCAUCGGCGAAGGCUGGCCCGGGUGACGGGGCCGACCAGGUGUGCGACGCUGUCGACGGCGUGGGCGGGAACGGGCGGUUAUGGAGGACCGUGAUCAUCGGCGAACAAGAACACCGCAUAGACAUGCAGGUCAUUCGGCCGUAUGUCCGCGUCAUCUCUCACGGAGGUUACUAUGGCGACGGCCUGAAUGCCAUCAUUGUGUUCUCAGCGUGCUACCUGCCCGACAGCAGCUGCCCAGACUACCACUACAUCAUGGAGAACCUCUUCCUGUACGUGGUGAGCAGUUUAGAGAUGCUGGUAGCUGAGGAUUAUUUAAUUAUCUAUAUGAACGGAGGAACACCGCGCAGCAAGAUGCCAGGGAUUGGCUGGCUGAAGAAAUGCUAUCAGAUGAUUGACAGAAGGCUGAGGAAGAAUCUCAAGUCUCUGAUUAUCGCUCACCCUUCCUGGUUCAUCCGCACCGUUUUGGCUGUCUCGAGACCAUUCAUCAGUGUGAAGUUUAUGAAUAAAAUCCGGUACGUCCACAGCCUGGAGGAACUGGAGCAGCUUGUCCCAAUGGAGCACAUACACAUCCCAGAAUGUGUCCUACAGUUUGAAGAAGAAAGGAUCAAAGCACGUAAAGAAAGAAUGGAACAGGAGGAAAUUGAACAACAGAAAUUGCAGCAGCAACAACAGCAGCAAGAUUCAGCCAAUCCAGAGAGGUAG